GUGCUCCAAAACUUGUGGCCGCGGCACAAGAACCCGAGAGUCAUACUGCAUGAGCAGCCUGGGCCGCCGGCUAUCUGACAGUGAGUGUGCCAGCCUCCCCCGCCACAGCGCCGAGACCUGUGCCGACACAGCCUGCCCCGAGUGGGCGUCCGGCGAGUGGACUGAAUGUCUGGUGACCUGUGGAAAGGGCUCGAGGCACCGAGAGGUCUUCUGCCGCAUGGGUGAGGAGACGCUCAACGAGCAGCUCUGUGACCCAGACACCAAGCCCCCGGCAGUGGGAGUCUGCCAACUCCCCGAAUGCGCGUCCUGGCAAGUGGGAGCCUGGGGCAUGUGCACUGUGACCUGUGGCCAUGGCUACCAGAUGCGGGCGGUGCGCUGUGUGUCGGGGACCUACGGAGAGACACUGGAUGACUGGGAGUGCAACGCCGCCUCCAGACCCAGGGACAAUCAG